CUCACCCAACAUAAACAUGCAAACCAAAACUACUUUCUACUCCAUCAUUUCAACCCAAAAAAAAUCACAAAAAAUAGAAAAUGAGAACCCCAUCAUCCUCAUCAUCAUCAAGAAUCAAAGUACUAACACCAUGUUGUAACAAAAUAGGUUUAAAAAAAGGUCCAUGGACACCAGAAGAAGAUGAAAUACUGACGAAAUACGUCAGUAUUGAAGGGGAAGGGCGAUGGCGUAUCCUCCCAAAGAAGGCGGGACUCUUACGCUGUGGUAAGAGUUGUCGCCUUCGUUGGAUGAACUACCUUCGCCCUUCUGUUAAACGCGGACAUAUUACGCUCGAUGAAGAAGAUCUUAUCCUACGACUACAUCGACUACUUGGAAAUAGGUGGUCCUUGAUAGCAGGGAGAAUUCCAGGCAGAACGGAUAACGAGAUCAAGAAUUACUGGAAUACUCACCUUAGCAAGAAAUUAAUUAGCCAAGGCAUAGAUCCAAGAACACACAAACCAUUAAUAUUAAACCCUAAUUCCUCUAGUGAUGAUAAUCAUAUUACUAUCACUAACAACAAAACUAAUUCUUCUUCUUCUCCUUCUUCAUCCUCAAAAUUAGCAAAUAAUGAUAAUCUCAACACAAUUAAUCCAAAUCCCAUUAGUUACAACAUCAACAAUAAUAAUAACCGUCCUGGAGAAAUUACGAGUUCAGGUGACUGUCAGCAUCAGAGUUGUUACGCGAUGCUUGUCAACUAUGAUGAUGAUCAUAUGAAUAUCGCGGUUACUACUGAGGGAGAUGAUGGAAUGAAUUGUUGCACGGACGAUGUCUUCUCCUCCUUCUUGAAUUCUUUGAUCAAUGAAGACAUGUUCAAUUGUCAAAAUCAACAAAUCAAUGGUACAUUGCAAGAUUUUGAUCCUUUCAUAGCUUCAUCUACACUUUCAUCUAAUCAAAAUAAUCCCAAGAGAUCAAUGGAUGAAUAAUAUUGAAAAAAUGUACCUUCAUGUACAUGUUUAUGUAAGAAAAAAAAUGAAUUAUUAUAUUGAUAUUUGUAAGUCAAACAAUUUUUUUUUUUUUGGUGAUUUUCUAGCAAGAUUGUCUAUAUUUUCUAAUGUGAUUUAUAAGUGAAUUGUACUGAUCUUGUAAUAGAAUAUGUAUAUGUGUGAGGGUUGCACAUAUGGAAAUGUUAUAUAAGUUAUAUAUUUGAUAA